AUGGCAAAUAUCAGUAGCAGUAACAUAGACAUUUCGCCUACACCACGAAUUAGAGUUUCCAAUGAUGGAACAAUUUCGCCGUCUAAUCGGCGCUCUUUAUAUCUUGCUAAUAAUCAGUCACCGGCAGAGUUAAAACGAAAAUUACAAGAACAAUUAUCUGAUAGAACUAAUCAAAUUCAGGCUACUGCUGAGUAUGGUCAAGCCUUGGUACAACAAAAGGAAUUGAUUGAACAACGAAUACGCGAACUCGAUGAAGCACAGGGUGACGUGAUCUCACCGGAACUACAGAAUAAACUUGCACAACUUGAAAAAGAAGCGAUGUCUCUUGAUGCGGACACGCGUAAUGUGUUCUUGAAUGCUGCAUCAGCAUCUUCGGCGACCAACAAUAAUAGCGCAUCUGGCCUAGCUUCGCUUUCUUCGAGUCCGAUACCAACAUCUGUGUUGGAUCAAGCAUUAACUCCAGACACUGCACCAGCUUCACGCUCCAAAGAUCGUAGAAAUAGGAAUAAUAACAGAACAAAUGAUAUUGAGUUUGCAGCAGAGAUUGGACAGAAUUUGUUAAAAGAAGUGAAGCGAUUGCAGGCACUUGUAUCAACAAAAGAAGAAAAAAUUAAAGAAUUAGAAUAUGAAAAAGCUGAGUUGGAACGUGUUAUCGAAAUGCUUAAUAAACAAUUACGCGCCAAAGAAGAAUCUGAAGAUACCUUAAAGACUCAAGUAUGGGAGCUCGAAUUAAAAGUACAAAGCCUCGAUCAAGAGAAGGAAACUCAAACAUUUGAAGUAUCACGACUUCGUAAAGAAAUACAACUCCAGGAGAAAAAACUUAGCCAGUCCACUGAUUUGCUCGAACAAGUUAAAGCUCGGGAAGUCAAACUCAGUACUGAACUUGCUGAUUCAAAGACGAAAUAUGAGCGUCAAGUACGAUCUCAUAAGAAAGCAUAUAAUGAUUUGAAAAAAGAGAAUCAAGUAAUCUCACAAGCACUUGACGAUACAAAACAAGAUGUUGUGAACCUUAAAGCAAAGCUUAAACGAAAAGAUGAAAUGGCAACUCCAACAACUACCAAAAAUUUGCCAGCUGCCAUUAAUUUUAUUCAUCCAUCAGAAAACUCAGCAAAUUCUAGUAGUGAUGAACGAGAAGAAUACCCGAAUGGUGAGACAUUGGCUUCUAUUGUCGACAAAUUUGUUCCGGCUCUUAAUCAAAUAAUUCCACAAGCAGCUGAUGCUGUAAAGCAAAUGUCUGAUGAAUAUAAAGUGCUCCAAGUAAAAAAUGGCAGUUUGCAAAGUGAAAAUGAAGAACUGAAAAAUCUUCUUAAUGAUCGAGAGGAAGAAAUAAUAAGAUUACGUGAUGAGAGUGCUUUUCCAAAUAAUGCAGUUGCUAAACCAAAACAAAAACCCCGUAAAAAAACCAGCUCUAGUUUCUUGCAAGAAGCGCUCGCGGAUAUAAAUGAAGAUGCAGUGCUUAAAAACGGUCAAGAUGAGGACGAAUAUUAUGAAAAUAUCUCAGAUGAGGAUGGUGAUACACAUAUUAAUAAGACAAAUCGGCCAAAUUCUGAUAUGUUUAAAAGUCAUCCUUUGUUAUCACGGAGAAGUAGAAAAAGUUCAAGUCGUUUCUCUCAGAAUAAACAUGUCUCUUAUAAUGAUAAUGAUGUUGAUGAAGAAACAGGUGAAGAAGGUGAUUUCGAAGAAAUCGAUGAAAUGAUAACUGAACCAAUAGUUAAUGUCAGUUUAGAGGAAGCAAGAAGUAAUCAAGUUCCUGAACAUCAAGAUCCAGAGGGUGUUAAAGCGGCUAGAGCAGAAGCCCUUGAAAACCUUACUAAAUCAAAUAAACAGUCCAGAUCAUCGCGGCGUGUAUCUCGAAAUUCAAAAAAUAUUGAAUCACCUAUAUUUGAGGAACCAGAAACCAUACAAGGAUCCGAAGAGAAUGAUAACGUGACAAGGAGUUCCAAGAAUCGAGGAUCAGUGGUCCAAGAGAGGAUCUCACAAUAUGAACAUAUUGCAAAAAAACCUAAACCGAAUUCAAUUACAAAAGAAGGCAAUGACGAUGACGAAGAAGAGGAGGAAUAUGAUGAUGGUUCUUCAGCAGACGAGUUUGCUUCCGCAAAGUCAGCUACAUCACAGCGACAAUCUACUAUCUCAAGAAUUGGCGCCCGAGAUUCAACUUUGUCUGAAAAAAGGAAUUCUGCUGCUUCACCCAAAGAUGACAAUAAUGAUAACAACGAUAUAGAUGAUCAAAAUAUCGAUUCAGAGACUAAAAAAUCAUCUACUAUUGCUUCUGAUGAUGAAAAGGAUAAUGUAGUUGAUAAUGAUACCGCUGCUUACAGAAAGGGUAAACGGGAAACAUUUGUUACCUCUCGUAAUGUUGAGGUGCAGACUGAAAAACUUAUGUACACGGAAGCUGAAAUCCAAACAGAUUCAAUAACUGCUUUAAAAUCACUCGAAGAAUUGAAAAAAGGUGCUUAUCGAAGUAGCACAUUAUCUGCUGAUAUCGACGAAAGUAACAAUAAUAUAAAUCGCUUUACUCUUGACUUAACAGCCAACGCGAACCAUUCCAAGACAGAAGCACAAAAUGGUACCGAAAGAUUGGAAGAUCUUUUGCAUACUGAUGAAUCUCAAACAAUUCAAAAAGAACCUGUUCGAACUUCGGAUCCGCCUCCACGUCCAUCGAAUGGUCCACCCCAAAAUUUAUUAGAAAAACAACGAGUUGCUAUUGUCAAUGCACGCGACGAAAUUCAACAUGCUGAUCAUUCAAUAACGCCCACAAUCACAAAUUCGAAAGGUAAAGAGAAAGAAGAUGGAGUUCGACCGGCACCUAAUGUUCAUCAUCAGCAUACUUCUAGCUCAGGUUCAAUUUCUACGGGAAGCACUAUCAGUUCGACAGCUUCGUCAAAUGAUCAACCGGCAAAACGAAAUUCUAAUACAUCACAGGCUGAUGAUGGACAAACGUCAUUUGGCCGUCCUCGCCUAGAUCCAAGCACCGUUGAGGCAAUAACUUUAACAAUGAUGGGUGAAUUUCUGUACAAAUACACAAGACGAAACUUUGGUGGUGGAACCUCUGAAAAACGGCAUCAACGAUUCUUUUGGGUGCAUCCAUACACGCGAACUUUAUAUUGGAGCACAAAAGAUCCUGGAGGUGCUGAUAUGAUUGAUGCAAAGUCUUCAAAGAAUUCUAUGCUUUCGAUGCAGGUUGCAUACAUAGAAUCUGUCAAACAGGUGGUAGAUCAUAAUCCCUCGCCACCUGGACUUCAUCACAUGAGCUUAGUGGUAAAAACACCUGGUCGUGAGAUCAAAUUUACUGCACCCACGAAGGAGCGACACGAAAUAUGGUUUAAGGCUCUUAAUUAUCUUAUUGAAAGAGCUGUUGACACGGAACCAGCAGACCCUUCCUCUCCUAAUAGAAAGGGUUCUGAUCCUUGGGAAAAUCAACCAGACAGUCGUCACGUUCAGCUACAUGGUAGCAGUUCUCCAAAUAACAACACUCUUCGCACUGGCAAUUUUCCGCAACAAGAUCUAAAAAAGAAAUCAAGCUUUAGUAAACUCUCGGCUCUGAUUCGCCGUGAUGCAUCAUCAUCAUCUAAUCAACCUUCUCAUUCGCCUCUUUCCCACGAACAUCACACCCACGAAGAUAUAUCAUUGGAUGAGACUGGCGAUUUGGACAAAGAGGAUUUCGAGAAUGUUCGUGAAUGUUGUGAUGGACGGCAUAACGUGACUGAUUUAGCAGGCAAAAGACACCGUCGCAAUUGA